CAAAGAGGAAGGAAUGGCAAAUAAGAAACCAUGCGCGGAUUUAACUAAAAGGAGCCGAAGUCCCGUUGUUUUGGAGGCAGAGAUGUUCAGCGAAUUUCAGGACUGGUGUCUCCGGACUUACGGGGACUCGGGGAAAACAAAGACCGUCACGCGUCGAAAAUACAACAAAAUUAUGCAGACCCUGCUACAAAACGAGGAGUCCGACGGUGUCUAUAUCGACAACAGCCACAUCAACGCCAAAUUUAAAUUCUGGGUGAAGUCCAAGGGGUUUCAGGUCGGCAGCAACAUAUUGGGCGAGCACAACAAGAAAGAGUCAUCGGGGAAGCCCGUCCUGUACGUCCCUGUCAAGUCUACGUGUUCAGAUGGAGGGGCAACCCAGGACAGUUCUUUGAAGCGGGUCGCUGUGGUGGAAGAUUUUUUUGAUAUCAUCUAUGCCAUGCACGUUGAGAUGGGGGCAGAUCCUGGUAGAGCGCCCAAACAUGCCGGCCAAAAGAAGACCUACAAGGCGAUUGCAGAAACCUACGCAUUUCUUCCACGUGAGGCGGUGACCCGUUUCCUGAUGAGUUGUGGAGAAUGCCAAAAAAGGAUGCACAUCAAUCCCAGCACAGCAGAGUUCAAAGAGAACGACCGUCCCACCUCCUUGGUACCAGACCUCAUUGAUUACAAUAUGCCUCUCACUGCCACCUAUCUGAAACAAAUGAAACUACAGUGCAUGACUAGCAAUGAUCAGGAUGAGGUUUCGGUAAGCAGUGAGGAUUUGGACAUGGCUGAGCCCGCGUGGGUCUCUACUGAACGUGCUCCAGCCGCAGAGCCAAGCAGCCCCACCACCCCAUACACGGAGAGGAUGCCUACACCCCCACAGCCCAGCAUUAAACAGGAGGAAGAUGAUUCCUCUUCCGAGAAUGUCUGCACAGCUAACGGUCUCCCUGCACUGACUCCACCUGGUGGUGCUGCCAUGGUGACAGGAGGAGUUCCUGCAUCUGAGGGGGUGGUUCCAUAUGGAGAGGUGAACGGUAACGGUGCCGCUGCACCUCUGGACUUCAGCACUUCAUCAUCCUCUUCUUCACAAGAGGGACAACAGCCUGUCAACCUGAGUGACAGACUUUUACCUGGGGUGACGCUUGGAUCCUACCCACCUGAACCCAAUAGAAAAUUCCCUGUCAAAACAGAGUAUGGUAACAAGUCUCCUCAGUACAGCUCAGGAAGCUAUGACUCAGUGAAGACAGAACUGAGCACGUGCGGGGAGGACAUGACCCCAGGUCGCUCUCAAGUCAUAGACGAUGAUGAUGACGAUCACGAUGACCAUGACGACAGUGACAAGAUAAAUGAUGCAGAGGGCCUUGACCCUGAAAGACUUAAAGCUUUUAACAUGUUUGUGCGGUUGUUUGUGGAUGAGAAUUUGGACCGAAUGGUUCCGAUCUCAAAGCAGCCCAAAGAGAAAAUCCAGGCCAUCAUUGAGUCCUGCAGCCGCCAGUUCCCAGAGUUCCAAGAACGUGCUCGCAAACGUAUCCGAACCUACCUCAAAUCCUGUCGCCGCAUGAAAAAGGGUGGCUUUGAGACACGGCCCACACACCCCCACCUCACCUCUGCCAUGGCUGAGAACAUUCUUGCAGCUGCAUGUGAGAGUGAAACACGCAAUGCUGCAAAGAGGAUGCGCCUGGACUACCAGGCCCAUGAUGAGUCGGUUACUGUAGACAAGCCCAACUCCAGAGAUCCGGCUGCCCUGGCUCACUCAGGCUUCUCACUAGCAGCCUCGGCCUACUCUCAGGACCAACUCUACACAAAUGGUGGACUUAAUUACAGUUUUCUGGGAUAUGGAACCCUUGGCAACAGCCUCCAAAACAAUGGCACACCACAAACCAAUGGUCCCACUGAUCUCAGUAUGAAAUCUUUGGCCUCCAACACUUCCACCUCCAGUUCAAAUAGUCAUGGUCAGGGUGGAGGGGGCGGGGGGGCAUCUGCCCAGCUCAGUCCGCCAGAGGUCACGGCUGUUCGGCAACUGAUUGCAGGCUACCGCGAGUCCGCAGCAUUCCUGCUUCGCUCUGCUGAUGAGCUUGAGAACCUCAUACUGCAGCAGAACUGAGAGCUGCACACGGUCUGGUGUUACCUGUCUCUCCCGCACACACCCACACAAUGCAGACACACACAUAUAUGCAGACAUACAAUGACAGGAAGGAUACAUGUAGCUACGUGCACUUACACACAUAGACACCUGAAGCCCGUUCAUUCGGCAAAGCAACCUAUCACACAUUGCUCAUGACAGUUUACAUCCAUGAUAGUGUCUUUAUCAAAUUUCCUUACCCUUGAUUCUGAGUCAAAUAGAGCGGAAUGCUUAUUGGGUGGCUAAGAUGGCUUAUUUUGAGGCUUUAUGAUCAGAAAAUGCAACACAAAACAACAGGUGUCUGUACACAAGGCAACAUUAAAAUUGUCUUACAAUCACUCAGUGAGAGCUAUCUUGCAAUCAUCUCUAAAUUAGGGACUGAUGCCCAAACAAUUUAUGAUGUCAUCUACAGCCAAAAGUUUACACCAGACAUCAGAUUCCAGCAGAUUCAUGUGUGUCAAUGAUUUACUAUUUUUAUCAAUCAAUCAAUCAAUCUUUUAACAGAUGAUCUAAAACAUACACUCCUCAGUUAUUUAAAGGUGUACUCAGUAAUUUUCCUUAAUUAAUUUACACAUAAAUAAAUUAAUAGAACUUAUGUAUUUAACUGACUCCAGUCAUAUCAGUAUCUUAACAACCUUUUUGCAUGAUGCUGCAACAAAGCCACUGGGUAUCCAGGACUACUGCCAGAGUUAGCCAUUUUAGAUAUAGAACAGAUACAAGAGAAAGGGUUUUUAAAGAUCUCUUCUACCUGUUUAAUGCUAAUGAGGUUUGGGCAGAAGGUGCAAUGUAGGUGAAUAUUGUUAUAGUGUGUCAGUGUCUGAAAAUUUAUAAUUUUCAAUCAUAAACUCAUUAACAAAUGUUUGUAUAAAUACAGUAUAUAUUCCUUACUCAUAUAUAAGAAUUUUCAUUCAAGCUUACACGUGCACACAGAAAGUCUACUUAUAGAAUCAAUGAUUGGUGAUAAUGAAAGAGAUGCUGAAAUUCUAUUGGUUGGGAAUAUUGACCCGCUGGACAUUAUGCAAAUGAAUCUGUGCUGAGUGGAACGCUUCAAAUCCUUUUCUACGUGCACUAUUGCCUAUUCACCCUCAGCACGCCAAUACACUGUAGGAAAUCACACGCACAGGAACACAUGGGUGACAUCGACCUCCCAGACAGGAGGACUGGUCUGUACAUGAAAAAAAAAUGAAAAACAAAGGACUGCAUUUUCCAUGCUGCAUUGCAUUCCAAAUAUAUUCUUUUAAGUUGUGAAUGCUGCUCUUAUUUUCUAACCUCAUGACUGAGACACUUUCAUAUUCUUCACGGGGACCAAUCAAAACAGAGGGACUUAUUAACAUCUUAUUGGCACACAUACUGUAUAUGCAUAGUGAGUUUGAGAGAAAGGAGCUAAUGCUUGACAGGAGGUUUAGAAGGUGUGGCAGCGGGGGCGUGGUCAAGCGCCCAUCUGGGAGAGAAAAGCGGUAAAGGCGCUUACACCUGAGCUAAAU